AUGUCGAUGGUGCCCUCCACUGCGGCCGCCUCCGUAUCAUCAUCCUCCCAGUAUACAUACGCCGCACCCACGGCCUCCGCCCCCUAUUUUCCGACGCCAUUCCAUCUCCAACAAGCUCCGGCGCCUGUCCCGUACAUAGGCGCCGCUCCUCCACCAUCUGUCCCGUCGAUGGCGCUACCCGUGUAUCCUGCUCCCCCUACCGUUUACACGUUACCUCAAUACCAGCAGGCCCAGCAGUUGUUUCAGAGAGAUGCGCAAACCAUAACUCCAGAAGCUCUUGAGAGUGUGAAAGCUGCGCUUGCAAGCAGCGAGAUCGAGCACAAAGCAGAGACUAAAAAGAAGGCAAUUCCGCGGAAAGCUGCAGGGCAAUCCUGGGAGGAUCCUACUCUUGCAGAAUGGCCUGAGAAUGACUAUCGUCUGUUUUGUGGUGAUCUUGGAAAUGAGGUGAAUGAUGAUGUUCUAUCAAAAGCAUUUGCAAGAUUUCCUUACUUUAAUAUGGCCAGAGUUGUAAGAGAUAAGCGGACGGGCAAAACCAAGGGCUAUGGAUUUGUUAGUUUUUCCAACCCUUCAGACCUUGCAGCAGCACUUAAAGAAAUGAAUGGGAAAUACGUUGGAAAUCGACCGAUCAAACUUCGUAAGAGCACCUGGAGGGAGAGGACCGAUGCUGACGCCUUGGAAAGACAAAAGUACCAGUCUCAGAAGAAGAUGAAGCUGCCAAAAAAGAGUGUGUUGCACAAAUGA